UCCUGCAAAGGUAGCGAGGAUGGAAGGGGGAAGAUGGACGGUUGACCUGAUCAGGUUGUCUCCUGCAUCCCUCUUCACAACCUCUGGGCUUUCCCUCCCAGGGACCUCUGAGAGAUCUGACAAGACGUGGACAUUGCUGGAUCCUGACCAAAGAACUCUGCAUAAGGAAGUCAUGGAGGAGAAUAGUGGAAUCAUGGACCCUCUAGAUGGUGAUGAAUUGGAAGGGAAGAACAAGGGGGACCACAACAGAAUCCACAUAGCGGAGAAGUCAGAUAAAUAUUCAGAGUGUGGAGAGAACAUCCGUCAGAGCUCCCAAUCCACCUCCAAUCAAAGAAAGAGCUUAAUUAAAAGGAAUAGUCUCACAUCACACGAAAGAACACAGAGUAGGGAGAAAUUGUAUCAGUGCAGAGUAUGUGGGAAGAGCUUCAAUCGGAAGUAUAGUCUCACUUUGCACCAAAGAAUUCAUACAGGGGAGAAACCUUAUCAAUGCUUGGAAUGUGGAAAGAGCUUCAGAUACAGGGCAUAUCUCAUUUGCCAUCAAAGAAUUCAUACAGGGGAGAAACCCUAUCAGUGCUUGGACUGUGGAAAGAGCUUCAGUCACAGGAACAAUCUCACUUGCCAUCAAAGAAUUCAUACAGGGGAUAAACCGUAUCAGUGCUUAGAAUGUGGGAAGAGCUUUCGUCUGAGUGGUGAUCUCACUUUCCAUCAUAGAAUUCAUACAGGGGAGAAACCCUAUCAAUGCUUGGAAUGUGGAAAUAGCUUCAGUCACAGUAAUAGUCUCACUGCCCAUCGAAGAAUUCAUACAGAGGAACAACCCUAUCAGUGCUUGGACUGUGGAAAGAGCUUCAGUCAAAGGAGCACUCUCAAGACCCAUCAAAGAAUUCAUACAGGGGAGAAACCCUAUCAGUGCUUGGAAUGUGGGAAGAGCUUCAGUAACAGUGCUAUUCUCACUGCCCAUCGAAGAAUUCAUACAGGGGAACAACCCUAUCAGUGCUUGGACUGUGGAAAGAGCUUCAGUCACAGACACAAUCUCACUUCCCAUCAAAGAAUUCAUACAGGGGAGAAACCCUAUCAGUGCUUGGAAUGUGAAAAGAGCUUUAGACGCAGCCACCAUCUGACUUCACAUCAAAGAAUUCAUACCGGGCAGAAACCCUAUCAGUGCUUGGAAUGUGGAAAGAGCUUUCGUCAGAGUGGUGAUCUCAAUUCCCAUCAAAGACUUCAUACAGGCGGGAAACCGUAUAAUUGCUUGGAAUGUGGAAAGAGCUUUCGUCUGAGUGGUGAUCUCACUUCCCAUCAAAGAAUUCAUACAGGGGAGAAACCCUAUCGAUGCCUGGAAUGUGGAAAGCGCUUUAGUCUCGGCCACAGUCUCACUUCCCAUCAAAGAAUUCAUACAGGGGAAAAACCCUAUCAGUGCUUCGAAUGUGGAAAAAGCUUCAGUCACAGGCACAGUCUCACUUCCCAUCGAAAAGUUCAUACAGGGGAGAAACCCUAUCAGUGCUUCGAAUGUGGAAAAAGCUUCAGUCAAAGUGCCCGUCUCACUUCUCAUCAAAGCAUUCAUACAGAGGAGAAACCCUAUCAUUGCUUGGAAUGUGGAAAGCGCUUCAGUCGGAAGGAUAUUCUCACUUCCCAUCAAAGAAUUCAUACAGGGGAGAAACCCUAUCAGUGCUUGGAAUGUGGAAAGAGCUUUCGUCAGAGUGGGGAUCUCACUUCCCAUCGACGAAUUCAUACAGGGGAGAAACCCUAUCAGUGCUUGGAAUGUGGAAAGAGCUUCAGUCAGAAGAAUAGUUUCACUUCUCAUCAAAGAAUUCAUACAGGGGAGAAACCCUAUCAGUGUUUGGAAUGUGGAAAGAGCUUCAGUCGGAAGGAUAAUCUCACUUCCCAUCAAAGAAUUCAUGCAAGAGCGAAAAUGUCUUAGUGUUUGCAAUGUGGGAGAAGAUUCUGUCAUGGCCCACCAAAUACAGGGUUGAAAGCAUAUCAGCACAUGGAACGUGUAUAAAAUUUCACUUGUUAAAAAGUCAAUUUAAAAUUUCACAGCAGGGUGAAUUAUGAAAUUAUAGAUUCAGAAUCUAGUCCAACCCCCUCCAGAAAUUUCAUUUCAAGCAUCCAUGACAGAUGGUCAUCCAACGUCUUCUUGCAAAACUCCCAAUGAAGGUCCACCCCCUUCUGAUAGAGUUCCUUUUCACUGUCAGGUCUUACUAUUACAGAUAAAAUAUUAAAAAAGACUUUGGAGAAGACUUCCGGUGUGAUGGCCUAUGGCGUUUGACUGCUUUCCUAGGACACGGCACCCCAGUCGUGCAAUUAAACAAUGUGAAUCUGGGGGUAAUUAUCCCUGUUGAACCCCGCAGGGACGGGGCGAAUGUGCCUUCAUCCGCGGGGUCGUCCGAUAUCUGCUGCUUGCUACAAUGGAAUGCAGGGGCAGGGGCUCUGGAUGUUUAGCAUUGCACCAAUUGGAAACUCUCCAAUGCCAACGCCAUGAGCGGGAGCAUUCCUGUUUUUCAAUAAAGAUUUGAAUUCGGGCUUUGACAGGACUUUCAUCGCUCUGCUACAGAAUAUGUGAUGUGAACGUCUCAUUUUUUUUAUACUUGCUACUGUUGGGCCAAUGCCCUCCCUCACUUGUCUGAAUGGUGAGGAACUUAGCCUGUAGUAGCAGAGUACAGCAGAACCAAACUGUCAUUGGAACGCAGUAUCAAGAUUUAUUUACAAAAGAAAAUAAUAAGUCAACAGAACGGGGAGCUGACUCACACACCCAUAUACUUCAGCAAAAGCCAGGUGCAACCACCAGAGGGGAGGAGGGCAACGCCCAGCGGGGAGAGGGAGGAGAUAUAUAAUAGCUCCCAUUCUCGCACAACAAUAUAUUAGGUAAUUAAAACAAAACAAAAAAUGAGAAAAAUAUCCUUCCACUUGCACCUUAGGGACCAACUAUGUUUGUUAUUGGUAUCAGCUUUUGUGUGCAUGCAAACUUCUUCAGAAGAUUAUGCAAUCAGGCAAUUAAAGGCAGCAUGUCACAUUAUGCAAUCAAAGAACGAAACAUUGCAAUACUGACAGCUACUUCAUGAUUUGGCAAGCCUCAUGGAGAAAGAUUCAAGUAAUUAAAUGGAAUGCAAGUGAAACUUUAUAAAUAAAUUGAGAAUUUGAUGUUUAAUGGCGCGAUCCUUUGUGGAGGGCUCUAAUUAGAAGUGGCAAGGUAUCAACUUGUUUGAAGUUAUGAAGAGACUUUGUUCAAAUACAUGAUUAAAUAUGUUUUCGGCUGGGAAUGAUAAAAUGGCACAAAUGAUGGUGCAUUAGGAAAAAAGGAGCCCCUCUCAAAGGGGACAGAAGACAACCAACAAAUUACAACUGGGGAAUAUUUCACACAAGAAACCACAUCUGCUCGCAUGGACUUUUGUCAUAUAAGGAUUUAUAUAAGUGAAGGCGAGUCUUUGAUCUUUGGAAGGUUCCCCUAGGGGGAAGACAGCCCAGAGUC